AGCAUUAGCACUCACUCAGCUUCCCAUCUCAAAAUCUCUAUUAAGGAAAAAAACAAAAAACCCUUUUGAAAUUAGCCAAGUUCUUUCCUCAAGCAUCCCUUAACCAUGGCUAGUUCAAUGGCUACUACGUUGGCUUGUGUGGUGGUUAUGUGCAUGGUAGUUGGUGCACCCAUGGCAGCCCAAGCAACCAUAACAUGUGGGGAAGUUAGCAGCAAGUUAACACCAUGCAUAAGCUACCUGACAGGCCGUGGACCUUUGGUUCCAGGUUGCUGCGCCGGAGUUAAAGCUCUUAACGCAGAAGCUAAGACCACUCCUGAUCGCCAACAGGCUUGUAAAUGCUUGAAAUCAAAUGCAGCUCAAAUUCCUGGUAUUAACUAUAGCUUGGCUGGUGGCCUGGCUGGCAAAUGUGGCGUCUCUAUUCCCUUCCAAGUCAGCCCCAACGUCGACUGCUCCAAGGUAAAGUGAAACUCUGGAGGAAGAACAAGCUUGGAGUAAGAAGAGAGAAAAUAAUACAGAAUAAAAAAAUAAAAUUAAUGGGUUUUAGAAAACUCAUUUAAUUGGAUUCCCUCGUAAGGAAUCAUUACCUUAAUUAGAUCAUCUUUGUAUUCUCUCCACAUGUAUGAGAAUCUCUCUUUUGCAAUAAAUUUCAUAUUCUCACUCCUUAA